UCCAAAACCAAUAUUCAAAAUCUUUUUAUUUGUUUUUUCCUUCUAGCAACCGGCAUGGCUUCGUUCUUGAAUGUUCUAAAGGAGGUUGUGGGUAUCUUAAAUGAAUCUCGCAAACUCUUUCUCAAGAACAAGAAGUUAAUGUUAUCGGUCUUGGUAUUUCCUCUACUGCUCAAUGGUUUAGUUUACUUGUUCAACGUCUUUGCCAUCAAACCGGAGAUAACAGACUUGAUUCAAGAGUCAAGUUUGAUACCUAUGAUGGAUCCAAGCAACCCUGAAUACUUAGCCCAUCUUAUGAUAAUCUUUGAAGAUUUUCGGCAUUUUGUGGUUUCUUCAUACAUCUUUGCCGCAGUCUCCUCCAUCAUCAACCUUUUAUCUGUUCUUGUCAUCGUCCAUGCUUCUGCUCUUACUCAUAAAGAUGACAACGUCAAGAUCAAAGACUUCCCGGCUCUGACCCUUAAAUCUUGGAAGGGACCUCUUGUGACCUAUUCCUACAUUGUUCUUUUCGCUCUUGGCUAUUGGUUUCUCUUCUUCAUAGUUCUUUUUCCUCUUCUUUUGUUAUCUACAAAACUCGAUUCCAUGGUAGCCACGUCCGGGGCUUUGUUUGUUCUGUUCUCAGUGUUUGAGUCAUAUUUAGCUAUUGUUUGGUACCUAUCUUUGGUCAUAUCGAUACUCGAGGAAACUUAUGGGAUUCAAGCUUUGGGGAAAGCUUCAAAGAUCGUUAAAGGGAUGAAACCGAAACUUUUCCUCUUGAAUCUUUUCUUUGGUUUAUUGUCCUUUUGUUUUGCUCAGGUAGUGAGGCAGGUUGAUUUGAGACGUUCGUUUGCGGUUACCUUAACUACCGGUUUGGUUCUUGUGAGUUUGAUAUUUGCAGUGAGGAUGUUUCAGCUUGUGACUUACAGUCUUGCCUAUUUUCAGUGUAAGAGACUCCAAGGCAGUGACGUUGAGUCGCUGAGGGAUGUUGAAUACACGAAACUAUCCUCCAAUACGCUCAUGGGAGCAUUGCCUUGAAGUAUUUGAAGAGAAUAUAUCUCUCAUGAAUGGAUUUUUCUCUCUUUCUUCAAAGUCUAAUGAAUGAAUUGUUUGUUUGUUUGUUUUGUUUUUGGGUAUAUAUAUCAUCAAUAAUCAAAGGUUUGGUUGAAUAUCUA